UCUCUCUCUGACACCACACCCCGUACCCUACCCCCCCCGUGCAAGAAUGGUGCCCCCCCCUCCCACCAACAAGCCCCAUGUUUGCCUGUCCACCAUCCUGAUCAUGAGCAGCAUGGCGCUGAUCGAUGCCUACCUGGUGGAGCAGAACCAUGGCCCCAGGAAGAUCGGCAUCUGCAUCAUGGUGAUGGUGGGAGACAUCUGUUUCCUCAUUGUGCUGCGCUACGUAGCCGUGUGGGUGGGCGCUGAGGUGCGGACGGCCAAGCGUGGCUACGCCAUGAUCCUCUGGUUCCUCUACAUCUUCGUGCUGGAGAUCAAGGUGUACUUUGUGUACCAGAACUACAAGGCCGACAGGAAGAGUCUGGAUGCCCUGGCACGCAAGGCCCUCACGCUGCUGUUGUCCAUCUGCAUCCCGGUGCUGUUCGUGGUCCUGGUGGCAAUCGACCACAUGGAGUACGUUCGGGCCUUCAAGAAGAGGGAGGAGAUCCGGAACCGCCUGUUCUGGGUGGUGGUGGACUUGCUCGACAUCCUGGACAUCCAGGCCAACCUGUGGGAGCCGCAGAAGAAAGGGCUCCCCUUGUGGGCGGAGGGCCUCAUGUUCUUCUACUGCUACAUCCUGCUGCUGGUGCUGCCCUGCGUGUCCCUCAGUGAGAUCAGCAUGCAGGGCGUCAACAUUGUGCCCCACAAGAUGCUGCUGUACCCCAUCCUCAGCCUGGUGACCAUCAACGUCAUCACGCUGUUCAUCCGGGGGGGCAACAUGAUCCUCUACAGGGACGCCAGGGUCUCGGGGAUCCUGAUAGGCAAGAACGUGCUGGCCAUCAUACUAAAGACCUGUAGCUUUGUGCAGUACAGAAGACAGCUGCAGAACGCCCCCCCUGCAUUCGGGGUGGAGCUGCAGAAGAACUCGGUUCCCCACAGCCGGCCGGCCGGCAGCACGGCCCAGGUGGUCAUGCAGGACCAGACGCCCCUGCCUGAGGUAGCCACGUGCGAGCACACAUGACACACGGGGCCCCGCGAGGCAGGCGGGCGGGAACAAGGAAACACAGAGUUUGUGACCCACCGGACCCUGUUGGGGAGCAACAGGUGUGCUCAUGGGCUCGUGAGCGCCUCUGGUGGGCUGGAGGUCGGGGUCUCUCAGGGCCUCAGGGCCUCUGUUAAUGCUCCACAGCCCUCAGGACUGCUGAGUCAAGCAGCCGUGACGUGUCACCAGGAGAGUUAACCACAGAACGUCCAGCCAGUUCGUUACCACAUUUCUCUCUGUGAAUUCAGUCAUUUGUGUAUUUUUUUCUAAACAAAAAAAUUCCAACUAAAGCUUUAGAUAUAUAUUUUUUAAAUAGUGAGUGUUGCAAUAUAAGCAAAACUUUGUUGUGCUGUGCCGUGUUCAGGUUUGUUUCUUUCGCAGGGUCUGUUUUUAGUGUGUGUGUUGGGAUUCAUUAAAGUCACACUGACAAUGAAAAGGGCAACUAA